GGUAGUCGAUUCAAUCUGCCAUAUUCCGUCUCGCAGCCGGGCUUCAGCGGCGCAGACCUGUACAGUGUCCGGUUUUUUCCCGGGGCAUGGUCUUCCAUUUAACACCGAUAAAUUAGACAGAGAGACACAGGGAAAGCUGGUGAUUGUGUGAGGAAACGUUACAGACAGAAAGGCAGAGAUGACGACGCGUUCGGAGAGGGAGAAGGCUCAGAAGCUGAAUGAGCAGCAUCAGGCCAUCCUGUCCAAAAUGCUCCGGGAGGAGGACAACAAAUACUGCGCCGACUGCGAGGCAAAAGGACCUCGAUGGGCCUCCUGGAACCUUGGCGUCUUCAUCUGUAUCAGGUGUGCUGGAAUUCACCGGAACUUAGGAGUGCACAUAUCCCGCGUCAAAUCAGUGAACCUGGACCAAUGGACCCCGGAGCAAAUUCAGAGUGUGCAGAGCAUGGGCAACACCAAGGCCCGACAGCUGUAUGAAGCCCAUCUCCCAGACAACUUCAGACGGCCACAGACUGACCAAGCUGUGGAGUUCUUCAUCAGGGACAAGUACGAGAAGAAGAAGUACUAUGACAAAAAUGCAGUUAAUGACUCUGUUAAGUCUUCUGAUGCUGCUUUGCCCUUGGCAUCCUCUCCCUCUUCACAAGCAGCUGAGAAAAACAAACUGGAGAAGGAGAGAGAGAGGAAGAAGGAAGAGAAGAAGAGAGAAAAGGAGACUGAUAAAGGGAACAAGCCCACAAUUUUUGACAAGAAGAGGGAGGACAUUCAGAUAGACUCAAGAGCCAGUCCUAAGAAAAAUGCAGAGCCUGCCAUCGACCUGCUGGGCCUGGAUGCUCCUGCAGUCAGCACAACCAGCACUGGCGCAGGAUCUGGAAGUGCAGCUCCUAUAAAUGAUGACUUGGAUAUCUUUGGACCGAUGGUAUCCAAUCCUCUGCCGUCGAGCACCAACACAAAUCAGGCCAGUUCCAGUAAGGCCACUGGGAGCUCAGCAACAGGCUCCAGCGUGGGAGCAGCCACAGGGACCCCGGGGACUGCAGGAGCUGCUCCCACAAGCCAGCCAGACUUGGACCUAUUCAGUGAGAACAGCAGCAGCAGCAACAAAGCAGAAGACUCUACCAAGAAACCCCUCUCCAAGGACUCCAUUCUCUCUCUCUAUGGGUCUAGCACUGUCCCUCAGCAACCUGCACAAGCUGCUAUGUUCAUUGGUGCAUCUCAAAUGCAGUUUCCUGCACAGCCUCAAGCUAACUUCCAGGCCUUCCCAGGGAUGGGUGGGGCCAUGCCUCCCACUACCAUGAUGGGUGCAGUCAUGGGCCAGGGUGGGGCUAUGAUGGGCCAGAACACUGGUAUGAUGGUUGGCAUGACGAUGCCCAAUGGCUUUAUGGGAAAUGCCCAGGCAGGAGUGAUGGGCCUGGCGCCGGGCAUGAUGGGAGCGCAAGCCGGACCUAUGCCAGCAGGCGUAGUGCCUCCGCAGAACAUGUAUGCCAUGCAGCCUGGCCAGCAGACCCAGUGGAGCAUGGGACAGAUGAACCAGCAGAUGUCUGGGAUGAACCUGAACGGUGCUGGAGCUCCAAUGGCCUUCGGGCAGCCAGGGGCCACUAUGGGAGGCUGGGUGGGACCCCCUUCCGGUCAGACCCUCAGUACCCAGCUCUGGAAGUGAAAGAGUGAGGGAGGGUGGAGGACAGCAAGGGGUGUAGCAUCCCUCCAUCCCUCCGUCUCCCCUCCCUUGAUCGGCCGCCAGAGCACACUAAGUUUUAUCCAUGUACUGAUCUUUUUUUCACCUCUACUUUCCAACCAUUACUACUCUGUUACUGGAGAGUGUCAGCUCAACCUGCCCCCCUGUGUAUCGACUGAGUGAUAAAGAGUGUGGAGUUGAAGAGACUGGCAGCUUUGUCCGUCUUAUUUGCAGGUUUUUUUUUCCCCCUUCCUUUUCUUCUAUAUAUUUUUUGAGUUCAAAAAGAAAAAAAAAACAUAUCAGCAAAGAAAGCUGCUGGACCAAUUAUACAAGCGUCUAAUAUAUCAUUACCAAAUCAAUAGUGAGUAAUAGUAUUUAAAUGGCAGAGAUAUGGCUAUCAUGUUUGUGACCCCCCUCUUAUUUCCCCUGACCACUGUAUACAUCCUGUUUCCCAGAGCCCUGUAGCAGCUAUCGUAUGAACCGAUGUACUGUUUGUAAGCAUAAAAUAGAGAAGCCGUCGAUCCUCCCCCUCUUGCCCAUUAUUCCAUCAUCUCCAUUGCCCCCACCCCUUUCCAUCUUUACUGUGACGUUUUAAUGUGUGCAUUACAGAGAAGCACAGUUAGCAACAGGCAAAUAAACCUGGACGACUCAACGGCAGCAUAACGGGCAAUGGGAGGAAAUGUUUGGGAGUGGGGGGUGGGUAGUCAGAACAAGAGUGGAAGAUGUCCACAGGAACCAGUUAGAUAUAAAUAGGUUGAAGAAAGUUAUGAUCAAACAAAUGUGCACAGAUCAACAUGCUAGUCCCAUGACUGUGACAGAGCUUCAAUCCACUCAGACAGGGUCCCUCUGCUGUGCAAUAAUGUGAGCACCCACACCUCGUCAUCCAGGUUUAUUUCUAUAAUGUGUUUACAUUUUUCUGGUGCCUAGUACAGAGGAAAAAAUGUUAUUUCCGUGCAUUAAACAGUGAAUAGCCAUUAA